AUGAUAUACCCAGGUUUACUAUAUCAAGUGAAAGCUGCAGUACGACAAAAUGUGACAACAACAACAUCACCGCGUACAGUGAUACCAACAAUGGUGUCGAAUUGUGCGAACUGUGGUGAAGCGAUUGAUGAAUUAGCGAAAAUUCGACUGGAGCAAAUAAAGCGUGAAAUUCUGGAAAAGCUUGGUCUCGAUGAACCACCACAAAUACGACCAUCCGAUAAUCUUCUACCAUCGAUGCCACAAAUUGCUAAAUAUCUAAGGAAUCAAAUAAAGGAAAAAGAAGAAAACGAUAAUGGUGGUAAGCAUCAUUUAUCAUCUUCGUUUCUUGUCGACGAACCCAGCUAUCAUAUUGAAAAUAAUAAAUUGGAGCGUACAAUUAUUAUUGCUGAACCUGCGCCCGUGAUCUAUAAUAAUAACCAGAAUUCACCUGUCGCCUAUUUUAAAUUUUCUUCUGAAAUAACGUCAAAAUUAUUGCAAUCUGCAUUGUUAAAUGUCUAUUUAAAAAAGCCAUCAAGAUUAAAUUCAUCACACGACAAUCGCCGAGCUACUAGCACCGAUUCUAAUAGAAUCACUGUUGGUAGUGAAAGUAUUGAUGCUGCUGCUGGUGGUGGUGAUGGCAGUUUUGAUGAUGAUGAUGAGGACGGCGACAGUUACGCUGAUGAUGACGACGAUGAUAAUGCGGGAGAUAAUCUUAUUAAUAAGCACCGCCAUCGUUAUACCACUGUACAAAUCAUAGUCAAAGAAGUACUUAAAAAUGGAAAGGAGGAAGCUAUUUGA